AUGUUUCUUUGUAAUCCAUAUCAAAGGAAUCAGCACAAUGAAGCUGGCAGUGAUGUGUUAAAGGCAUCUUCUGAAAUCCAACAUGUUUCAACGACUGCAACUACAAUUUCUCAAGCAUCAGCAACAGAAAAUGUGAACCCAAUUCUUCCUGGUUGUAAUCCACUUGAAAUACUGGCCAUUAUUGCUGACAAUACUGCAUUAACUGAAGAGAAGGAAAAACUGCUCCGAAUUAAUUUUGAACUGCAACAACAAGAUUCAGGACGAUUUGGAUAUAAAAAACUGAAGGACACUGAUUAUCAGUAUUAUACAGGGUUUUCUAAAGACCGGUUCAAUGUUUUAUACUCAUUUUUAGUACCAACAGAAGAAGAUCCUAUUAUAUGGAGUAAAACUCUUAAAGGUGCAAAAUCGUUGUCAACAAAGGAUCAGCUCUUGCUUGUUUUGAUAAAACUGAGACAAAUCUUUGACUUUAAACAUAUUUCAUAUUUGUUUGAUAUAUCUGUGCAAGACUGCAGUGCAAUAUUCACCCACUGGAUUAAUUUGAUGUUUUUUAGACUAGGUAGUGUAGAUAUAUGGCCUCAUCGUGAAGUAAUAAUCGAAAACAUGCCUGAAAAUUAUAAGAAAGAUUUUCCAGACACUUUCGUCAUUAUUGACUGUACGGAGUUAAAAGUACAAAAGCCCAGUUCUCUCAAUCGACAGAGUCAAUGUUAUUCUGACUAUAAGUCAUGCACAACUUUGAAAGGACUUGUGGGCAUAGAUCCAAGGGGGUCUGUAAUAUUUUCUUCCAUGUUAUUCUCUGGAUCAGUAUCUGAUAAAGUUAUUACAAAGGAAAGUGGCUUCCUUAAAGUAUUGUCAGACCUUAAACAAUGUGGGAAAUUACAAAAUGGUGAUGGAGUUAUGGUGGACAAAGGGUUUAAUAUUGAAAAGGAAAUCGAAGCUAUUGGUAUUCGACUAAACAUUCCACCUUUCGCGUCAUGUGCAACACAGAUGAAAGCUUCAGAGGUAACAGAAACUGUCAAAAUAGCCAAACAUCGUGUGCAUGUUGAACGGGCUAUUGCUCGUAUAAAACAGUUUAAAAUACUGUCGGGCAAAAUUAGUCUUUCUCUUUUUAGUAUUGUUGAUCAGAUAUGGUUAACUUGUUGUGUAUUGACCAAUUUUAUGCCAUAUUUAAUUCAAGAUAAAGAAAACUGCUAAACUUCAUUCACUAAAUGUGUUUUGUUGUAAAUUUUUAUAAUAUCAACGAGGUUUUCCUACAAAUGGAUUUUUUUAAAUGAAUCGAUUGCAUGUGGAAAAUGUAAUAAUCAUUGAUAUUUACUGUAUAAUGCUACACCAAAGAAAUUUGAUAUGGAUGAAAAGUGAGGAUAUUUGCAACAAUAUUUUGAAAUUGAAAACUUUAAAAUUUACUUCAUUUAGUCACAAUAUGCAGUUUUAGUAUAAAACAAUCUGACCAACAACAAAAAUUUAAAACCUCUGCAGGACUCGAACCCUUGAUCUACAGUUCAGCGGUCGAUAUGCUAAGUUACUCAGCUAGACGAUGAUUUUUGAAAUGAAAAGACAAAUAUUGCUGAUAUUUAUAUUUCAUUCCAUGUUUUAAAAGGAAGUCAGUCAUUGUGAUACUGUAGAGUACCUCCUUAAAAAGUUUAAUUCAUAUAUUUUGUCUGAAUAAAGUUUAAUUCAUAUAUUUUGUCUGAAUAAAGUUUGUAACUUACA